GCCGCCAGUACGGGAGCUUGCUUUCGCGCCCUCGCCCCUUCAUCUUGACUGGAAAGUUUCCCGGGGAGUUCGAGGACGAAAUGUCGGCCUUCUUACAGGCCCUGCAGAAUAAACUCUCACCCAAGGCAGCAGCGGGGGUCCGAGUUGAGGAGGAGGAUUUGAGGAAAUGGGGUUUGACAGGGAUUCAUUUGCGCUCCUAUCAGCUGGCUGGAGUCAACUGGCUGGUGCAGUGUUUUCAACAUCAGCAUGGCUGCAUUCUUGGUGAUGAAAUGGGCCUGGGUAAGACGUGCCAGACUAUUGCUCUUCUCAUUUACUUGACCGGGAGUCUAAAGAAGAAGGGACCAUUCCUGAUCCUGUGUCCUCUGUCUGUUCUGACCAAUUGGAAGGAGGAAAUGGAGAGAUUUGCUCCUGGCCUUUCCUGCAAAGUAUACACAGGUGACAAGGAAGAGAGAGCUUGCCUGCAGCAAGAUCUGAAAAAGGACUCCUCUUUCCACGUGCUUCUGAGCACGUAUGAGAUUUGCCUGAAAGAUGCAGCAUUUCUAAAAACUUUCUCUUGGAGCGUUUUGGUUGUGGAUGAAGCCCACAGAUUGAAAAACCAGAGCUCGCUGCUGCACAGAACCCUUUCAGAGAUCUGUGUAGACUUCAGCCUCCUGUUGACUGGCACCCCCAUUCAGAACAGCCUUCAGGAGCUCUACUCCCUCCUGAGCUUUGUGGAACCCAGUGUCUUCCCAAAGGAUCAGCUGGAAGAUUUCAUUCAGUGCUACCAGGACAUUGAGAAAGAAGCUGAUUCAGCAACUGAACUGCAUCAGCUCCUGCAGCCCUUUCUGCUGCGGCGAGUUAAGGCCGACGUGGCUCCGGAGCUCCCCAAGAAGACAGAAGUGGUGCUCUACCAUGGCAUGUCGGCCCUGCAGAAGAAGUACUACAAGGCCAUUUUGAUGAAGGAUCUAGAUGCAUUUGAAAACGAAAUGGCCAAGAAGGUAAAGCUUCAGAAUAUCCUAUCGCAGCUCAGGAAAUGUGUGGGCCACCCUUAUCUGUUUGAUGGUGUGGAGCCAGAGCCUUUUGAAAUUGGAGACCACCUAAUUGAGGCCAGUGGGAAGCUUCAUCUGCUGGACAAGCUGCUGUCAUUCUUGUACACCAGAGGUCACCGCGUUCUGCUGUUCUCCCAGAUGACCCACAUGCUGGAUAUUCUUCAGGACUACAUGGAUUACCGAGGCUACAGCUAUGAGCGUUUGGAUGGGUCAGUGAGAGGAGAAGAAAGACACCUUGCAAUUAAGAACUUUGGACAGCAGCCCAUAUUCGUUUUUCUCCUGAGCACCAAGGCAGGUGGAGUGGGCAUGAAUUUAACGGCCGCUGAUACAGUUAUUUUUGUUGACAGUGACUUUAACCCUCAAAAUGACUUACAAGCGAUCGCCAGGGCUCACAGAAUCGGUCAGAAGAAGUCUGUGAAGAUUAUUCGGCUUAUUGGCCGAGAUACAGUGGAAGAAAUCAUCUACAGGAGAGCAGCGUCCAAACUGCGGCUCACCAAUGCCAUCAUAGAGGGUGGUCACUUGACUCUGGGAGUGCAGAAGUCUCCAGCAGCCUCGGACCUGCAGUUGAGUGAGAUCCUCAAGUUUGGCUUGGAUAAACUGCUCUCUUCCAAGGGAAGCAGCGUGGAAGAGAUUGACCUGGAGUACAUCCUGGGCAAAAGCAAGGAUGGCAAGUGGACCGCAGAUGCCUUCCCUGCUUCAGAAGAGGAAAGCCAAGACGAGGCCGAGAGUCAUAUGUAUUUAUAUGAAGGUAAAGAUUAUUCUAAGGAGCCGAGUAAAGAAGACAGGAAAUCAUUUGAGCAACUUGUGGAUCUUCAGAAAACCCUUUUGGAUGAGAUCAGUCAAGCGGGGAGAGCACUCCGAAAUAAAGAGAGCCCUCUCAUCCCAGGACUUUUGGAAGGACCUACCAAAAGAAAACGUAUCCUGAGCCAGGAAGAACUAGAAAGGAGACAGAAGAAAAGACAAGAGGCAGCAGCUAAGAGAGCGAGGUUGAUAGAAGAGAAGAAGAGAAAAAAGGAAGAGGCGCAGCAUAAGAAAAAGAUGGCAUGGUGGGAGUCAAACAAUUACCAGUCAUCCUGCCUGCCCUCUGAGGAAAGUGAAACAGAGGAAGUUGAGGAAGGAAAUGAUGAGAGCGACAUCGAAUUCAGUUAUGAAGAUCAAGACCCGAUUUCGAUCAAUUAUGUUAGUGGGGAUGUCACCCACCCCCAGGCAGGAGCAGAGGAUGCCAUCAUUGUUCACUGCAUAGACGAUUCUGGACGCUGGGGCAGAGGUGGCUUGUUCACAGCCUUAGAAGUUCGAUCAGCCGAACCAAGGAAAAUAUACGAACUGGCAGGGAAGAUGAAGGAUCUGAAACUGGGAGGAGUCCUUUUAUUCCCUAUUGAUGACAAGGAGUCUAGAAGCAAAGGACAGGACUUGUUGGCAUUGAUCGUGGCCCAGCACCGGGAUCGCUUCAACGCCUUGUCUGGUAUCAAGAUGGCGGCACUGGACGAGGGUUUGAAAAAGAUAUCUUUAGCUGCGAGGAAAAAGAAGGCGAGUGUCCAUCUUCCACGCAUUGGACAUGCUACCAAAGGGUUUAACUGGUAUGGUACAGAGCGCCUCAUACGGAAACAUUUAGCAGCAAAAGGUGUCUCAACUUAUGUAUAUUACUUUCCUAGGAAUAAAGGCCUUUCUACUUACUCACAACCAUCUACAUCAUCCACUGCGGCUGUGGUGCCGUGACACUUGCCUGAGCCCCAAGGUCUCUUUCUGAAAAGAAUAGUAAGACAAGCCAUGACCUGUCAGGGGCUGCUGAAGAAUGUUUCCGGAAGAAAUCAAAAUUAUCUGGACUGCUGAAAUAUUUUAUUUUACAAAUUCUAAAUUGUCUCUAUUCUGACUUUGUGUUUGUAAUGUAGAAGUGCACAACCUAUUAGGGGAAACUCUGUUGGCAAUUUGCUAGGGGCCCAUAUUCAGCACUUCAUUUCCAUAAGCAUUUGCAUACUUUACAUACAUUUUGCUACUUUAAAGUUGCCCUCAUUUUCUUUUUAUCCUUCCUUUCUAACUGUUUUCCCAUCCAUUGCUGGAAUUUCCUCGGAGAGACAAAGGUAGAGAAAGAAGUUGUAGGAGAUGGGAGAGACAUUUAGGGCGCCAUUUUCAUGGCUUCCUCUGCUUCUGUCUGGAGCAUUGUGCUUAGGCGACACCGGCACAGAUCUCUUCUGUUGCCCACCUUUACCUUUGCAGUUAUUUCUGCCUAUGGAGAUGUCCCUUGAAUGAUCAAGUAUCUGGUCACCCCAUACAGUCCACAUUCACUGUAUGAUUUUGUAAAUGAUGAGAUAGUCACAAAGGCUAAUGUGAGCCCGAGUUCCACUAACAGAAGCAGACAGCCCAAGGAAGGAGAUGCUUCUGCUGAGCUCUGCCACGCUCAGGCCGUAUCUGGAGCCUCAUGUUCUGUUCUGGCCCCACACUUUAGGAAAGACCUCAGCAAGCUAGAAGAAGAGCGAGACUAGGAUGGUGAGACCACUGGAGACCAUCCCGUGAGUGGAUCAUUUGAAGGAAGUGGGGAUGUCUGCUCUAGAGAAGAGGUUUCAAACUUGAUUUGCUUGGCCCUAGAGGGCAAAGCUAGGGGCAAUAGUUGGAAGUCACAGAAAAGCAAAUAAGGCUUGAUGUAAAACAAACCUUCCAGAAGCGAAUGGGCUGCCUCAGGAGGUCUUGGAAUUCCCCAUCACUGGAAGUCUUUAAGCAGAGGCUCCUUGACCACUUCUAAAAAAUGUUGUGGAGGGAUUCCUGUUUAGGUGGGGGUUGGACUAAAUGGUCUCCAGGGGUUCUUUCCAAAUCUGAGAUUCUGUGAAAAACUACAAAGUUCUGAGAAAAGAGGUUUUGCUUAAGGAGGUGAAUAGAACAUUAGAAAAGUUAGGUAUGAUAGACCUCUGGAGAAAACUGAAUGGGCAUAGAAAG